AUGACUCGACCGGAAGACACAGUUCGAGGGCUGCGCCCUAAUCGAGGUGAAGUCGAUGACGAAGAAGGUGGAAGGAAAUCCAUCGACUCCCUUGUACCCCCGCCUUUGUCGUACAAUGAUGGCGCCCAGCGCUCCGAGGGCGAAGAAUCCCGGCCAGGCACAGCGAUGGGCGACAACUCGAGUGGCAGCGGCAGGCAAGGCUCCGGGCCCAAGAUGCUCACCCAUGAUGAGACAAUUGAGCUGGCUCGACGCGCGGUGGAAAGUGGAAUCCAAGAUACCAAACGCUCUUUGGCGGGCAGUGAAGCCGUCACAGACGUUGUCAAGCCGAAGUUGACCAUUGACCUGGGACACUCGCAUAUCGUCCGAAUACCUGAGCCCGUUGUCGAUAUUGUCAAAGAAGAGGUCGAACGGCUUUCGCUUUCUAACAACCAUCUCUUCCAUAUCCCCUACCGAUUCGCCGAAUGCUCCCACCUUCGCUACCUCAAUAUUCGAGCCAAUAAUUUCCGCGAAUUUCCAAAAGGCGUUUAUAAAUUGCCUUUAUUGGAAAUUCUCGAUUUAAGCCGCAACAAAAUCAACACUCUACCGGAUGAAAUCAGCAAGUUGAAGUCGCUGCGAGUACUAUCGAUCAUGCAAAACCGACUCGACGAUCUCCCCGUCGGUCUGUCCGAUAUGAACAAGCUACAAAUUCUUAAAAUAGCUGGGAACCCGUUGCGCUAUCCGCUGCGACGGGUGCUCGAAAAGGCAGAGACCGACAUCGCUUCUUCUGGGAUGACGGACAACGAAAAAGAAGUUGCAGUUACAUCGGACCUAAAAUUAUUCCUCAAGAGUCGCCAGGCAGCGACAACCCCGGAGCCCGACUUCGGCGCUGAUUCAAGUGAGGGGUCUUUCGAAACACCCAAACCUAUUCCCCCCAAGCGCAAAUUGAGUAGCCGAUUUCCCGUCAUUCCCAGUACUGGCGAUGGAUCAUCGGCACCUUCUUCUCGAUCUCCAUCAAUAUCCCGACCUCCGCCGAUUCCUAUAAAGUCUCACUACCGGAUGGCGUCAGGCCAGCCCUACAUUGACCAAGCUGGUAAUUAUCACAUUGCUGGUCUUUCCCGCCCCGGCGUCAAUCCCCACGCAGCGGCCGAGCGGAAUCGCAGCAACAGCGAGGGAAUAAUUCAGGCAUCUUUUGCGGCUCGCAGCAAACGGAUGGGAGUCAUCACCCGCAAGAACACGGAUCUCGGCACAUUAGACGAAACAAAACCUUAUCGAAAUAGCCAUCUGCGAGGUCUCAGUCAUGGUUCCGUACUUCGAGCACGACCUACAGCACAAACCCCGGUCAGCGGUAGUAGCUCUUCGAGCCCAAGCAGUCCGAAAGAGCGCCGACGUGUACGAGACGGCUGGGUUAAUCGCAUGUCAAGCCUUCCGGAGCACAAAGGCGAAAGAGGAUCAGUUGAACCAAUCGUUGAGAGUGCUAAGGGCAUACUUUUUGCAUUUGUUCAGAUUCAUUCUCAUGUUUCUACCCUUAUUAAUGUCAUCCGGCAAGAUGAUACACGGCGUCAUAGCCUGGAGCUUGUAUUUUACAAUGCUUCGACCCACGUUGACCGCCUCAACGAGGCCCUCGAACGUGCGGAAACUACCCUACGCGAUGACCCUGAUUCUAGUCGACUUGCGACUGAAGCUGUCAGACGGGAAUGCUACACGUGUAUUAUGGCUUAUACACAUGUUGGCACACAACUGCGCAACAGUUCCGCGAAGAUCGUAUCGAAUGGCGACUCACGUUAUGUACGAUCGCUGAUGUUGAUGAUGUACGGUAGCUUGGUGGAGCUGCGAAAUGCGUGUUCCAGCCUCAGUGUUCCACUUCGUCCGGCCCAGAAGCAACUCCCUACACCUAAGCCAGUCGUUUAUGAACCUACGAAGGGACCAGCACCUGCCGAGCGAUUCUCUCGACCGAUAGUUACCCCCACCAGAGACUCUUCUGCGCCGAUUCGCCGGCUGCGAAGUGACACAACGAUUCGCCAUCCCCAGCUCCCUCUGGGCCCCCCUAUUCCCUUGAAUGCAUCAGGCCAUACAGGCAUCGGCUCCCCCGGCUUUGCAACUCCACCUUUUGCUACAGCCUACUCGCGCAGUCGAUCGAGUAGUCGGUCAAAUAUGAUUAACACAUCUGUACCAACCUCUCUGGCAACACCUCGUUCUGGUGAAGCAUUCCCACCCAUCCCCACAUUAGGCACAUUCAGAAUAAAUCCCUUGACUGGAUUGGACGAGUUUGAGGAAGAGCGGAUUUUCGAAAAAAUCUUCCAUCAGCUUACCUCAGCCUAUUCAAGCGCCCUCCAAGCGCUACCAUUGGCAAGUCGUCAAUUCUCUCGCUGUCUCGAAGUGGCAAAGCAGUCGCGCGAGUCAGAAGGCAUUCAAAUACUCUGGAACAAUCUCAUUCGCCGCUGCAGGUUCUGCCUUGAGAUCUCCGAAGCAUUGGGGGGGCGUAUCUCUAGUAUGAAAGUCAAGGAACCGGGCGGUGGACUUCGAAACCAACGAGAAUUCUGGCAGCUGUGCAAGACCUUUAUGCAAUCGUUUGUAGACUUGGUUACGGACCUGCGGGAAGUGCGCAGCAUGCAGCUUCUCCCUGGAGACAUUAUCAUCAUCCUCCGACCAGUCCAGAAAGCCAGUCGUGAAGCCGGUCGCCUCAUCGAGGCAUCACCCUGGUCUUAUCUGGCUGACAUGGCCCCAACGAAUGGCCCGGGCAACCUGUACGGCCCCCCACUGCAAGUCUCUCAGUCGCAACAUCAGACUUCCGUCUCAACUUCUGCUCUCGCCCCACACCCUAACAUCUACCAAAUCAACGCCGGCAUGUCCCCUCAAUCAAUUACUGUCCCCGCUACACCACUCAGCGCGGCACUAGGCCCAGCGGCCCAGGCAACUGUACCAUCAACGCCAGCGAGUGCGUACAGUGACAAGUUCUUUGAGGGUGACGUCUUCCAGCGCGCCGACUCUCUUCUCUCGAUGCCCACGCAGACGCCAUUCUUCACGCGUCGUUGA